AUUCGCACAGUGAAAUGUCACAUUUAUUUACAUUUUGUCAUUAUUAAAUUCCAUCAGCUGUGUUUUGCUCGGUGAUUGCUGUGCUUCAGUUUACGAGCUGUAUUACUUUCUGAAUUGUAUUAUGGUUGAUUCGAAGGUAUUUGGUCGUUUUCAUAAUGAUGAGUACGAAAUAGUUUCCUAUUCAGACAAUUAUUGGGACCAGUGUGAUAAAGUGCUCAAUGAUGCCUUCUAUGACCUAGAGUAUGUGUGCAUUGGCUAUGGAAUUAAUCUUCCCGGAACGGAAGAGGUUCGCAAAGAACUUUCUACAUUGGUCAGAGAAACAACCAAAGACGGUGUGUCAUUACUGGCGAGAGAAAUUUCGACCGGCGAAAUUGUUGGAUUUUCUUUCAACAAACUACAGCCGAAACCAACAUCCGACGAAGUAUCAUUUUUCGAAAUUAUUCGAGAUCGAUGCCAGAACCCGACCAGCAAAGCAUACAUUCAAAUGAUGAUCGAUUGUGACAAGGAACUGGACUUAUUCGAUCAAUUCAAAACCGACUGUUUGAUGGAAUUGAUGUUCUUGGGAGUGACACCCACACACUGCCGAAAAUCCAUCGGGAAAACAUUGACCGACUACACCAUUCGAUUAGCGCUGGAACUUAAAAAUGGGAACGGUUUGGAUCGACUUCCUGCCAAUUUGAAAUCAGCUAGACCAACAAUUGUUACGUCACUUUUUGCUUCUAAAGUAUCACAAUCGAUAGGACGUAGCAUGGGCUUUGAAUUUUUUAAUCGAUUCCCUUACACCGAUAUCUGGUUCGAUGGAAAAUCGCUGGCAGAACGAAUAGGAACUGAUGAUGAAGCAACAAUUUUGUGUGUCAAAUUUUUGUAAAUUUUAAAUAAAAUUCAA